UUUUGCUGAUGGUUUACUGCAUUUAAAUUGGGACAAAAAAGAAAAUAAAUGGUUUUAAGAGGUUGCAUACCAUUUUGCUCCUUAGUCCUCACGAUAUGUGGGGACUAUCACUACAGUGUACAAUGUGUUCAAUGCUCUUCACCUAUCUGUAAGCAGUAUAGCAGUGUAUACCUAUAUACAUAUUAUAUUAACUGCAUAACAUAAUGUAUUUAGCUAAAAACAACAAGCAAUAUGUAUUAAAUGACCUAUUGGUACAUGAGCAUGAUCGCAACUAGGAUUAAAAUUCUGGGGGGCUACAGCCCACCUAACAAAAUUAUUAAUUUAAAAUAAUCUAUAAGCAGCUUAUAUCUAAAUAAAUAAGGAAUGUUUUUUGGAGGGGUCUGAAUCGUAGUCAGGGGGGGUGCUAAAGCCCCUCCCCUCUACUAUAAUUGCGCCUCUAUACUUGGGCCCUAUUUAUUGGUCGCACACCCACCAAUAUGUACCAAGUUGCGGCACUGCCUGACACUAUAAUUUAUUUAAGACGGUUGCAUCAAGAAUAUUCACUUAUAAAUAAUUCAGGUGAGAAGAAGAGGAUAUGGUCAGCACAUGCGAGAUCGGUUUCUGUACGGUGUAAUGUAGAAAUGAGAGUUUUGUGUAUGUUGAUGCGUGAAAGUCAUUAUGAUCGAUCGAUUCCUGAAGAUGAGGUUAUAAUUCAACUAUCGUUUCGUGAGUUAUUACACUCAUCUAGAACGAUCAGGAGGCAUACCCAGUACUAUAUCAUUAUGCAGUUACUAUAUGGACUCAGGCGAAUUGCGAUUUUCGAUUCCGAACGCAUUAGGGAAAAAUUAGAAAUGGAUUGGACGUUAAAUGUCCUAACCAUUCUUACCUACUUAGAUUUCGACUUCGACACUUCUCGUUUUAUACUACAUAGAAUAAGAAACCUGAACUAA